GGUGGACGGACGGACUGACUGGCGGACUGUUUGGUUCAGCAAAGUAACGGUUCGGUCAGAUGUCUCGGUCCUCUCAAAAAACACAGCGGCAAUAAACUUCCUGCGUUACUUCGUUGUCUCUGUUUCUACAAAAUUUAAAGUUGGGUUGGGGAAACAAGGAUGCAGCCGUAAAAUGAUCAUCUCUCGGCUCCUUUCACUACGACCACUGCCAGGAAACCUCUAGUAUAUUUUUAAACUGAUUCUCAAAGUCAACAUCAUUCUUUGUCCACCUUGACCACCCGUAUUGUUAAAUCUUUGCUUCUGCCACAGUGACACACGCAUAAGUAAAGCGGGAACGCACAGAGUGGCCCAGCCAUUUCGAUAUUGAUGGAUGGAGUCCAUCACUCCUCCUCACUCUAGCAAUGGCAAUGCAUUAAACAAUCCUAAUGCUAAUUCUAAUACCUCACCAACCUCCUCUACCAAACCUUCGAAUCAAAUCAUCAUCCACACAUCUCCUCCGGCCGCACCAAACUCAGAUCCAGAUGAGAACGAAUCUCCCAUAGCCUCUCCAUCCAUCGCCUCGCCCAGUUCGACAAUCUCCCCUCCGUACUGGCAACAAUCGCACACACGCUCCAUUUCCCACGUCUCGAUAGAUUCGAUUCAUCCAAGCGGGAUAACUCUGCAGGAUAAUACCGCAGAUGGAGAUGAGGACGACGCAAAUAUCAAUGGGAGGGGGAAAAAUGAAGCUUGUUGGGCGAGGAGUGUAGUGAUUGAAGAUUAUGUCGUUGUGAACGGGAGUGGAAUUGGUGGGAUAGGAGGCAUUGCGGGGAAGGGACUGGGGAUUGGAGGGGGCAUUGGGGCAUUUGUGGUUUGGAAUGUGAAGGUUGAUACUUUGGAGGGAACUCCAAUAAUAAUCCGCAAACGCUACAGCGAAUUUGCAGAUCUACGAUCGAAACUUCUUCGCACAUUCCCUAAUUCGGCGGGGACAAUACCAGAGCUGCCGAGGAAAAGUGUUAUAUCGAAGUUUCGACCAAAGUUUUUGGAAAAUAGGAGGAGUGGUUUACAAUAUUUUCUGAAUUGUAUAUUACUCAAUCCCGAAUUUACGAGUUCGCCUGUACUGAAGGAAUUCCUAUUUUCUUGAGGCGUGCCUGAAAUAGGAGUCGACUAACAAGGACGAUACAAAACAACAUUUUCAUCUCACGUUGAGAGAGGGAGAGGGGCGUUUAGCUUGAUUUGGAUAUACGUAAUCAGCCUGUUUGGCUAGUGAUAUGAAUUGGAUAUCAUAUAUGAGCGAUGAAGUUGUAGCUGUACAUUCUUUUCUUCAGUACAUACAUACCUAUUUAGUUUUUAGUUAUCUAAUGAAAUGGAGGACAUUGACACCCAGUUUUACUUGGGGAAGAUGGGGCGGCCCAUAUAAAGGGGAGUUUGCUAUGAAGCGUCGAGGAUAGUAUGCCUCUCUGCAUUUCACGGUAUCUGUGAUGAUUGUAGAAAACAAAGGAUGUAGUUAGGAUUCCCACUAUGAUCCGUCGGUAAUGGAAGUCAUUGAAGAUCCAUUGGAGGUAGAGUCUCGAGUAGAUGAUAUCAACGCUCAAUGCUCAUCGUGUAAAAUAAUUCAUGGGCAUCUGAAAUCUCGCCCAUUGUAUACUUGUCUGUGGAGAUUCA